GUUCGUACAUGUUGUUUGGUCCGCUCACACUCUGACAUGGCUGUUCAUCUCGGCUUCCUUCUCAUUUUGACCGGACUCACAGGAAUUCACAGCAUAACUACAGUCAGUAAAGUGUCAGUGAGAGCUGGAGGUUCGAUCCACUAUCCCAUGUCUGUAUGAGUCAAAGUACACAAAGCAUGUGAAAUACUUGUGUAAAGGAUCUACUUGGAUCUCCUGCUCUUCCGUGAUUAAAACAAACCAACGAAAUUCAAGAAAGUUUUCCAUCUCUGAUGACAAAAAACAAAGAGUCUUCACUGUGACUAUAAAUGAUCUGACUGGAGAGGACACUGAUUAUUACUGGUGUGUUGUGGAGAUUAAAGGACCCGAUCUCAAAGAGUAUUUCCACCUGUCAGUCACUGGAGGUACACCCAGUCUCUACGUGGAUCAGCAAGAGAUUACAGGAUUUAAAGGAGAUAACAUAAACAUCAAGUGUCACUGUCAAAACUCUGGAGAAAGGAAGUGGUGCAGGCUCGGCGGCUCCUGUGUGACACGGUCUGGAUCAAUAGAUGGAACAAGAGUCGAGAUCAGUGCACGCAAGAAUGGUGUUUUCACUGUGACUCUGAGCGAACUGAGGACAGAGAGCAGCGGCUGGUAUUGGUGCGUUAAAGGAGACUUACAGAUGCCAGUGCACAUAACUGUUACUGAGAAACCUACAACUACAACAAGUCCUGCCACCCCUGAGCCUGUGAAGCACACCACUAGUUCUGCAGACCAACCACUUUCCACUGUUGAUGGUAAACAGCUAAGUGUUUCAGUAAUCUUGGAAGCCUUCAUCAUCCCUUUGAGUUUGCUGAUCUUCAUUGUUAUGGUGGCCAUGUUUAUCUGGUUUAUGUUCAAAAAGCACAGACAGACCAAAGACGAAUCCCCAGCCACAAUAAUUUCUAAUGCAGAAGUAACAUACAGUACUGUCAAGAAAAAGAGAAAGACAGGUCAGCUUGGUCUCGCUGAAGAGGAAGUAACAUACAGCGAUGUUAAACACAUGAGAAGAGCUUCAGAAAAGUGGUCAGAAGCUAAUGGAGAUGUGGACGUGAUGUACUCCUCUGUGGUCGCUGUAGAACGUCAAACUAAACAAAGGUCUAAUGCGGAAGUAACAUACAGUACUGUCAAGAAAAAGAGAAAGACAGGUCAGCUUGGUCUCGCUGAAGAGGAAGUAACAUACAGCGAUGUUAAACACAUGAGAAGAGCUUCAGAAAAGUGGUCAGAAGCUAAUAGAGAUGUGGACGUGAUGUACUCCUCUGUGGUCGCUGUAGAACGUCAAACUAAACAAAUGAUUCAAGCGGAAGAAGAUGAUGUAACAUACAGCAGGUUGGCUUAGCACCAGAAAACCCUGUGAAUGUUACCCCUACCCUACAUCUAUACCCAUCGCUGGAGGCUUGUUUUAGAUGACAGUCUUGCAACUUGCCGACAUCUGAUCUUUGGCUUUGCAGAAACCGCUUUCUUUUUUUCUUUUUUUUUCUCCCCUUCCCCUUUCUUCAUAUCCUUAAGCUCAAAAGAUUUUAUGCAUUGACAAAAGCUUUCUACACUCGUACACAAUGACCAAGCUCCUGAACAUGCAGGAGGAACCAAACAAAUCUUACAGGUUUUGUUUAAUUAUGUUUGUUCAUUUAUGUCUUGUGUUAUGUUUUUUUGUUGUUUAAUGUUUGAUGGAACAUGAAUGUUUAAAGUACAAAAUAAGUCAACUAAAAUAAACAUGAUAAUGCAAUAAAUCACAAGUUGAUAUUUCA